GCCCCGCCCCUGCUCUGCCCCUCACACAAACAGCAGCAGCGAGCAGAGAGUAAAUAGAGAAAACCCCAAGAUGGCGGAGUCAGUGAGCUUCAUUCACUUCGCAGCAGCAGAUAAAAACCCACUGCCGAAGCCCAAGGAGCCCAAAGGAACGUCGGAGAACCGACAGCAGUCUUCCCGGGACCACCAUCCCCCACCACCCAAGAAAGUACGGAACGAGGAAAAGGCCUUUAAGCCCAAGAAACUGAACGGAGAAGGGCUUGGUGGAGUCGGAACGACGGAAAAGCAGCACCAGCAGCACCAGCAGAAGCAGAGUUAUGGCAGCCCGACAACAUGGAGCUUUAGUCCCGUCAAUGCAAACAGCCCGACGGCGUCAAUGCAGCCGCCUCUACAUAAAGUCUUCAAGCAAAAUGCAUUCCUCGCUCCUCACUCAAAACCCAAAAAGCUCAAGGAGAAACGAGAGAAAGAGAAGGAAAAGAAGAAACACAAACCCCCUCUCGAGAUGAACAGCGUUGCCAGCUCCGGACUGAAGAAGGAGAAUGGGGAUGUGAAGUUGUUGCAGAAAGAUCAUAACAGCAAAGAAAAAGACAAAGACAAGGACAAGAAGAAAGAAAAAGACAGAGAGAAGGAAAAGGAAAGAAAGAAGCACAAAGUAAUGAAUGAAAUCAAGAGGGAAAAUGGAGAAGUUAAACUGCUCCAGAAAGGAGAGAAGGAGAAACCAGAAGUAAACACUGAGGAGCUGCAGAUCAAAAAAGUGAAGAAGAAAAAGAAAAAGAAACACAAAGAUGGUGAAAAACGGAGGAGACCGAAGAUGUACAACAGAUCCAGUCAGACAGUAUGCACAGGGGUUCUGCCAGAGCUCUCAAGCCUGUUGCCCAAGCAGAGUGGCACUGAGCAGCUCUGUGAGGACUUCAAGGCCCCUCCACCUUUCCAUCGAGGAGGUGCCAUCAUUUUCAAUAAGGAGGUGAACCUUCCGGAAGGUGCUGGCCCUACCACUACCCUUUUGUCAGAACCCAGGGACCAAGCCUGGCCUCCAGGCACAGAGAGACUGGAAUUUGGGCGGUUGAUCCAUGUGGAGCGGCAACCCAAUGGUGGUGCUCUGGUGGUCCAUGCCUACAUUGAAGAGUUGUCCCGUCUCUCCACUACUGAGAGGGACCGCUUUGCCCGGGAAUUUGUCACACUGGCUUUCAGCGAGGAUGAGGAAGGUGCCGCACACUAUGUCAUGGCUAUUGUCCAUGGUGCUGCCACCUACCUUCCAGAUUUCCUUGAGUACUUCUCCUUCAAGUUUCCUAACUCGCCUGUCAAGAUGGAGAUCCUGGGGAAGAAGGAUAUAGAGACCACCACCAUGGCUAACUUCCAUGCUCAGGUAAAGCGAACCUACUCCCAUGGUACAUACCGAGCUGGUGCCAUGCGACAGAUCAGCCUGGUGGGUGCUGUAGAUGAGGAGGUUGGAGAUUACUUUCCAGAAUUCCUCGGCAUGCUUGAAGAAUCGCCAUUUCUAAAACACACCCUGCCCUGGGGAACUUUCUCCAGUCUGAAGCUGCAAAGCCCCACAGAGAGCGAUGAUGGACCCAUCAUGUGGGUGAGGCCAGGAGAGCAGAUGAUUCCAGUGACCGACAUGCCAAAGUCUCCCUUCAAAAGGAAAAGAUCAACCAAUGAAAUCAAGAACCUACAGUAUCUACCUCGGACCAGUGAGCCACGUGAGAUGCUGUUCGAGGAUCGGACACGGGCCCAUGCUGACCACAUUGGCCAGGGCUUUGAGCGGCAAACUACAGCAGCAGUGGGGGUGCUGAAGGGUGUACACUGCGGGGAGAGCACGGAACCCCCUCGAAUUACCAAAGACGUUGUCUGCUUCCAUGCUGGCGAUUUCCCGGAUGUUGUGCAGAGGCUACAGCUCGAUCUGCACGAACCGCCCCUGUCGCAAUGUGUGCAGUGGGUUGAUGACGCCAAGUUGAACCAACUGCGAAGGGAAGGCAUUCGCUACGCCCGCAUUCAGCUCUAUGACAACGACAUCUACUACAUCCCUCGUGGGGUGGUGCACCAAUUCAAGACUGUGUCAUCCGUCUGCAGCUUGGCCUGGCACAUACGCUUGAAACAAUACCACCAAGAUUCAGUAGAUGUUGGGGAAGAGGUCAGUCACAAGGUGGAGGGCGAUGUCAAGCUGGAGACACCCCAGGACAGCUGCCUGCUUCCGCAGGUUAAGGCAGAGCCUGUAGACUUUACUGUGGAAGGGUCCUCAGAGCCCCUGGGCCUGGAGAGUAGUUUGAGGCCCCUACACCUUCACUCUGAAUGUCCCACAGCAGGACCGCUUGAGGCCAGGACAUGCCCCUUACAGUCCUUUGCAGAAGACCAUAAGGACACAGUGUUUCCAAAGCCUGGCAUCAUAGUCCGGGACUCACGCCUGAGUCAUGUCCCAAAACAGGCCUCUGUUGGACAGCAACUAGACUCUUUAUACUGAUAUAUACAUAUUGUUUAAAAAGGCGUAUCCUUUUAUUAGUUUUGUUUUUUUACAAUCAAAAAACAAAACAUGAAAACUGAGGUGUGACACAUUGCAAGCCCUCUGUGAGCUCUGUGGGACAGUGCUGCAGCUGAUGCUGUACUGUUACUGGAUGAAUGCAUGGCAAAUGUAGCUUGUACCAUUCCUCAGUGCCUGUCUUAACUAUUCACUUUUCAAGCACUUAGGGCCAGAUGCACUGUCACACUGCAGGAUGGAAUCAAACAGGUCCUCAAAUGAUAUAUUUUUAAGUUGUAGGUUAUACAUACACUAGAGCUGACAUGAACACAUACAGUAUAUUUUUUGUAAGAAGAGACAGAAUUGUUUUAACGACUACAGCCUUUUUCCAUAGAGCUUAUUUAUAUUUUUUUUGGUUCUCAUGUUAAAUGUCAGCACUGUAGUGUAAAUAACUUUUUAAAAAACAAAAUUGUAGUGUGCUUUCUACUUAUGAGAACCUCCUAAUAAAGGUUCCAGAUACUG